AUGGAAGAUCAGAAGAUGGUGGUCAGAUCACUGAGCGAACAUCUGGGAAUGCCAUCGAAAGCUGUCGCCAUAGCCAUCAGCGGGAAGAAGAAAAGCAAGUACAUCGUCUUCUGGGCAUUGGAGAAGUUCAUCCCCGACGGCGUGUCCUCCUUCAAGUUGCUCUACGUUCGCCCUCCCAUCCUCACCGUUCCUACCCCGAUGGGGAACGCAAUACCGAUCUCAGACGUUCGGGACGACGUUGCCUUGGCUUACAAGCAAGAAGUGGAGUGGAACACAAGCGAGAUGCUUCGUCCUUACAAGAAGAUGUGUGAGCGGAGAAAGGUUCAAGUAGAGGUUAUGGUGUUGGAAUCUCAAGAUACGGUGGGAGCGAUAGCCGAGGAAAUGACAAACAGCGGGACGGACAAGCUCGUGAUCGGACUGUCGAUGCGUGGAUUCUUCUCGAGAAAGAUCGAUAUGUCGUUGAUGAUUGCAGCAGCCACCCCGAGGUUCUGCACUGUCUAUGUGGUUUCUAAGGGGAAGUUGGCGUCCGUACGUCCCUCGGAUUCCGACACCAAUGGAACUAUCCGAUACGUAGGGACCGAGAGAAGCGGUUCCACCAGUGGCUCCCCCCGCCGCAACACUCGUCGCCUUUCAGAAAUCCAAGAACUGGCUUCCUUUGCUUCUGAUGCGCAAUCACGGGUUUCUGCUGUGAACCCGGAUCAAGAACAGGAGAUGCUUCCGGAGAUAAGUAACGUUCUUUUUCCAGUGGAAAACGGCGAAGGAGAGAGCGAUGGAAGAUUUUCCUUGGAAACGUUUCCAGUGAUGAGCUGGUCUUCUAGAUGGAGAGAAGCCGAGGAGAGAGGAGAGAUCUUGAGUUCAACUGCCAGCAACAAUUACGAGCUCGCCAACAUUGACUGGGGAACCAUUCUUCCCGACAGCUUUUCCAGUGUUUCUCAUCAACCUUCGUUCAUGUCCGAAGGUCUCCUCAGUGUCCACUCCUUCACUGAUAACCAGGUGAAUCUGAACUUCGAGAUCGAGAAGCUCAACGUUGAGCUGAAACGCAUACAGGAGAUGUACGCCAUGGCUCAAACCGAGACGGUCAAUGCGUCUGAAAAGGUUGGUUUUCAUCUUACAUUUGUUUGGAUGCAGCUGGAGGAAAGGGAGCUGAGGAGAAAGGAGGAAGAAGAAGAGAAGGAGAAGGAGAAGGAGGAGGCGGAGAAGGUGAAAGAACAAGUGGUGAGAGAAGCUCUGAAGAGGAGAGAAGCUGAGAUCAAAGCAGAGAGAGAGGCCAGAGAGAAGGAGAAGCUCCAGCUCGCUCUCGUCACUCCACCGGUUCAGUACCAUCUUUUCACGUGGGACGAGAUCGUGGCAGCCACUUCUAACUUCUCGGAGGAGCUCCAGAUCGGGAAAGGAGCUUAUGGAACAGUCUUCAAAUGCAAUCUUCAUCACACGAUGGCCGCUGUCAAAGUCCUUCACGCCGGUGAAUCUCAGCUCUCUAAGCAGUUCGAUCAGGAGCUCGAGAUCCUGAGCAAAAUCCGACACCCUCACCUCGUCCUCCUCCUAGGAGCGUGUCCAGAGCGAGGUUGCCUUGUCUAUGAGUACAUGGAGAAUGGAAGCUUAGAGGACCGGUUAAUGCUCGUCAAUGGCACACCACCCAUCCCCUGGUUCGACCGUUUCAGAGUCGCAUGGGAGGUUGCAUCAGGGCUCGUCUUCCUCCACAAGUCCAGGCCCAAACCCAUCAUCCACCGUGACCUCAAACCCGCAAACAUCUUACUCGAUCACAACUUCGUCAGCAAACUCGGCGACGUCGGCCUCUCCACCAUGGUCAACCAAGACGACCCUUCUUCCAAACUCACCGUUUACAAGGACACCAGCCCGGUCGGAACCCUCUGUUACAUCGAUCCAGAAUACCAGCGAAGUGGGAUCAUAUCUCCAAAAUCCGACGUCUACUCUCUCGGAGUUGUGAUCCUGCAGCUGAUGACCGCAAAACCAGCGAUUGCGGUUACCCAUUUAGUGGAAGAGGCGAUCGGAGAUGAUGCUCAGUUCAUGGAAGUGUUGGACGCAAAAGCGGGUGAGUGGCCAAUCAACGAGACGCGUGAGCUGGCUGCGUUGGCCCUGUGGUGUACGGAGCUGAGAAGGAGAGACAGACCCGAUCUUAAGGAUCAGAUACUUCCGACAUUGGAACGGCUGAGGAAAUUCGCAGAUAAGGCGGCUCAGAGUUCUCUCUUGAAGGCUAUGACCAGACCUCCGAGUCACUUCAUAUGCCCACUCCUCAUGGAUGUGAUGAAGGAACCAUGUGUUGCAGCAGACGGGUACACAUACGAUCGGCAGGCGAUAGAGGAGUGGCUUCGAGACCACGAUGCAUCGCCAGUGACGAAACUUCCAUUGCCCAGCAAGAACCUUCUUCCAAACUACACGCUUCACGCCGCAAUCGUGGAAUGGAAAUCGCAGAAAAAAUAA